AUGCAUGACCAAAACGUCCAGGCUUCGGUGUACGAGACGACAUAUGCCUCCAACACCCCAAAUAAUGGCCAGGCGCCAGAUCCGGAGAGACAGCCAGGGCAAUCUCUCAUUCUGCCCCGUGGACCCUUGAGGCUCAAGGGAUAUAGAUACAUCUUCACUCCGUUUACCAAUGCAAAGGCGGGAUUUCCAAACUUCUACCGCAAGCCAGGUCUUGGUUAUCGAAAGCUUGGUCAGUACAGGCAUCGAGAUUGUUUGGACCGAGAGUGGGAAGGUGACUACGAUGAUCGCUACAUUUCUUCCUGGGAUGGCAAAGUUUCGAAGUUGGUUGUGCAAGCUGUUGACGACAUUUACGAAAACAACACCGGAUCUACUUACCGGCGUACAUUCAUCCGUAAUGUUGCGCCCAUGUUUAUGCGCUUGGCAAACUGGCCAUUCGACCACAUCGAUUAUGCGGCGAACAGUGGCCACAUCUCACACAAUGAUGUCGUGAUGCUUGGCCUCAAGUGGGUUGUCGCAGCGUGCGUCAUCACCAUUUGCAUCUCUAGUCCCAGUCCCGCUGAGACUGCUAGUCGCAAUGGAGGCAACUACGACGCACUUAAUUACAAGUACUUUGGCUAUCCCAAGGUCGCAAAGAACAUGCUUGAGACGGCUAAUCCAAAUGGCAUUGUUCCGAGCCAGGCACAUCCCGUUGCUGAGCGCAUACUACAGCCACGGUACCUUUGCUUCCUACGUGAUGGGAGGCCUGCAAAGAUCACCAAGGUCGAUGACUGGAUUGCAGAGCAAGGUGGAGCUCGCAACCUUUCCUAUGUGUUUAUUGCAUAUACGGCAGAGCAGUUCAGCACACCUGAGGACUUUAGAGUUCUACACGAAAUGUCUGAUGCUGCUGCUCGUAGAGCCGGAGCGAUUGCAUACUGGGUUGGCUGCUCCUGCAUGCCUGACAACCAGCUGCAAGAAGAUGUCUACCGUAUUUGUGAUGUAAUCCGAGGAGCCCGGUCCCUCGCUAUUGCCGUUGGCCCUCCUUCAAACAACUCAUCCGAGAUCAACACACCAGAACUCAUGCUUCAGCAAUGGGGCCGCAGAGUCUGGACCUUCCCAGAAGUCCUGCUAGCGCCUGCAGGACAAGAUAUCAGCGUCUUCGUGCGUGGCACCAAUCUCGACCACCCCAUCAUGGUACCCAAGAACCAGUUUUCGGCUCAAGUAUGGCUGGACGACGCUCAUGUCGCCCGACAGCUCAUCGACCAUUACGAGGGUAACCUUAUUCUGAGCCAACUCGAGCUCGUCACACUUGCUCUCGAGUGCCUGCACAACAGAGACACUACACAGUACCUCCCUGGAGACCACAGCUAUGCCUUAAUGGGUCUUCUCCGUGUGCGCCCCCAAAUCGACCCUACAGACUCUGCAUUCCAGGCUUUCGCUCGUCUCUCCCUCGCAAACGGAAGCGAACAACUCCUCGAACGCCUCAUCUGCGUCUUACCCAGGAACCCAAAUCAACCCUGGCACUCAAUGGACGACGCCUACAACGCCAAGCUCUGGGAUAUCCUCCCCCAAGACGUCGGUAUCGCAGGUGUAGGCGAAGACGACAGCAUCAUCCUCGAUGGCUGCCGCGCCGCAAACGUACGCUGGAAAUCCUUCACGCCCGUUGCGUACGUCCGGCGCGAGGCAUGGAAGCGGCGGAUCGCAAAGAUAGCCCUGCGUCUAGGUGGUAUCGUCUUCCUCGUUGCCAUCACCUUGACUGCCAUACCUUCCCUCCGCACACCAGGUAUCAUUCUCCUCGUCUACUCGCUGGUCCUCAUGGCGCUGUCGCCCUGGCUGCUGCGUCUCCUGUACCUCGGCAAGUUCUGGGACCAGCAGUGCUGGUUCUUUGGGUUCGAGGGGUACAUGGAUCUCGAGACAAUUGAGCGGCAGAUUUUUGGUGGGAGGUUGGGACGCUUAAAGUGGACUGCAGCAGCAAGCCCCCUCUCCCGCCACUACCGCAAUUCCAAAAACGAAUGCACCCCCAUCGACCCAACCUCGGACCCCGAAGUCGCCGCUCUCGUCCAAAAAGCCAAGUCCGCAGGCCCAGGUGACCAACGUGUCUUCACCCUCAUAGAUACCGGCAACAUGACAGCAACCCUCUUCACCGCCGAGCGCCCCCCCGUCUGCUUCCUCAUGGCCGGUUCCGAAGGCGGCAUGAAACGUAUCAUCGGAUGCUCAUACGACUGGACGACGGAGACCAUGUACCGCGAGACUGUGCUGCGCAUCGGCACAGAGUUCGAGGAUAAGAUGUCGAGGGUGGGCAGGGUCAAGAUUGGGUUUAAGAGGAAACAGCACCCGUUUGCGACGUUGGCGGAGGUUGGGGAGCCGGUGGGCAAGGAGGUUAAGUAA